GUCUCCAGCGCAGGAAGGGUGGGGAACAGAGUAAAAUGUUUUCAGGGGAGCCUGGUCCAGCCAGGCGCGCGGGGUCUCCAGGCAGCGCAUCUCCCCAGGCGGAGCCGGAGGCUGCGAAAACUGCAGAUAUCCGGGCGCUGGGCGCGCCGCAGGCUUCCGAGGCUCCGCCUUCCCCGCGCGCGCUUGGAGGCCCCCCGACGGAGGUCUGGCCCCGCCGCGCCGGAGUGAUUCCCCGCGCAAGCCCGGGCGGGUACCGGCCCACCGCGGCCCACCGCGGCCCCCUCGCGCGCUCUGCGCUGCGUCCCCGCUCUGGCGGCGCGCGGCCUUCCCAGGAGGGGGAGCCCGGCCGACCACGGGCCCACUUUCCGAGACCUCGGCGCGGCCCAGUGCUGUGGCAGUGGUGUGUUCUGGCCGGGCGGCCGGCCCACGGUGCCAGGACCAGCGUGUCCCCCAGGGAAACUCGCAGCGAGCGCGGACCCCGGCGACGACGAGACCCUGCUCCUGGCAGCCACCCUUCUGUCUGUCUCUACGAAUCUGUCUGCUCCAGGGCAUGUAGGCUAGGAGGAUGACCAUAAACAAGGCGGGGCUGGUGGACACGGCGAGUGGUAAAGAGUUACAACUGCUGAGAGGAAAUGGAAGACCACGACCAGAGAACAGAGGAAGGAAAUGCAGGACAUGCUGUGCCAUGAAAGUCAAGUAAAAAGUUUCUAAAAAGAAAGCGUCUCAACAGUCAGUGUAGAGAGAGAAGUCGCUUCUGCUUCCGUGAGUUGCUCUAGCCGCUUUCAGACCGAGAGGUGCAGGAAUGGGGGUGAGUGACUGGUCCAGGGAAGAGGCUGCCAAGAUGAUAGGUCUCCCUAUAGUAUUCCCUUCCUUUCUGUUUUGAUACUUAGUUACUAUUUGCACCCAAGAGCAGAGAGUCUAAAACAACCUAAGGCAUUGUGUUGGAUGGAUUAAAGAGUGCAAGGGGAGGCUGAGGCGACCCAAACCAAGUCAAGGACAGCAGCAGGGGUGAAAAUAUUGAACCCAACUUGUUUGUCUAUGUGAUAAACAGGAUCAUAUGAAAUGGGGUCCUCAUCAAAAAAGACCAGGAAAAUUAGUCAAGGCUUGAAAACAAAGCCUUAACAUUAUUCUUUCUUAUCCAACCUUGCAAAUAACCCAUUUUUACUUAUUUUUAAUUUUUUUCCAGUUUUAUUGAGCUAUCAUUCUCAUAUGUAACCUGUUUUUAAUACCUAUAGAAUACAUAUACCCCAACUGAAUAUAUAAAGAUGAGCUAUGAAGUAAGUUCAGUCUCUCAUCUUCAGAAAUGCAGCAAUUCCUCAGGCAAAACUUUAGAAUAUAGUCACUAGGAGACGCUAGUGCUGCCCCUGACACUGGAUCCAUCCAUUCGGCCAGGUCUGUCUGCUGGUUCUAAAGCCCUGUCCUUGCCUCCUUCCAUGAGCUCUUCUCCACACCAGCUCAGUGCCUGCUGGUAGAGUGUGCCUGCUCCUCCUGGCUCCCCACGCGAUAGCCCUCUCUGGCAAAUACGACUUGGCAGGUAUAAAGGGAAGUGCCUAGUACGUGGUGAUCCUCCAUACGACUGAUCUCCCAGAAACUCAGGGAGGGGCUAAGAAAGAACUCUGAAAAAUUCCCUCUAGCUGUAGAUCUAGUUAGUCCUACCCUAACCCAGCUCUUCUGUCCCCACUGAGCUCAGCUCCUAAACCUGGCAGACCUUGGUUUCUUGGGUCUUUGGUGAUUCCAUGUCUGACCUCUACCUGGACUGACAACCUAGAUUCAUUUAUUCAUUCAACAAAUACUUGCCAAAGCACCUCUCUGUGCUAGAGAAUCUUCUAAAAUACAGCAAAGGGGAGAAACUUCCACAUAGCCGAGACUUCCCUGACUUUGGAUUUUGCACUGACCUCUUCUUACAGUAUUUUCAACUUGUUCUUUGCCUUUUAACUUAAAUUCCAGUCUUGGAAUGGUUUUCAGUAUGUCUACUCAUGAACAAAAAUUUCCAAAAGUGUUUCUAUGUUCUGACCCCCUGACUUUUCAGAUCUGCCUGGGCUGUAAAUCCUGGCUUCCCCUGGAAAGUUCUAACCUGGAAACGUGCAUCAUAGUGAAUGAACCCAGAGGAUCCCAGACAGGGAUCAUGUAAUUUUUUCACCCUCAUUUUAAAUAGAAUAGAACGCAAGUGCCAUCUCCCACGGUGCACAGUGAAGGAGGGGCAGAGUUCAGGCUGUGAAGCCAGAGUCCAGAAUCUGGGGUCAGGCUGGUUACUGUCACUUUCAGAAGUGGCAUUGACUCCUUCUGAUUGCCCAUCCCAGUCAUUAAUAUCUCUUGGGACGUUUUACAGAUGGGUGUUACUGGCUCAUAUGGAUUAUUGUGAAGAUGCUUUAAAUCAUAGGUAAACUCACUAAUUUGCAAGUUAGUGUUUGAUAUUUCAAAAGUUAACGCUUACUGACAAGUUUAAAUUUCAGCUGCACUGGACCAUAUCUCACCCUUGCUGCCUUCAGUCACAUUUGUAGAGCAUUCCAGACAUGAAGUAGGCUGGUUAUGCACACAUGACAGCUUACCUCCUGUGACCUAAGCUUUCUCCUUUUACCAGAGCCUCUGCUUCUCUCCCAUAUCCUAGGAUCAGUCUUCAAAAAAAAUAAUUCAAGUCCCAAAUAACAUAGAUUCUCAUGAACUCCAAAUAAGCAGAAAAAGUGAGAUUUUAUUAAAAAAAUUUCCUAGUUUAACAUCCCGUGGACCCACUGAGAAAUCCUUUCUAGGUGCUAAACAAGCAGAUUAAAACAAAUUCCUUUGUUUCCAAGUCAGGUUUUCCUAAUUUUCCUUUUAAUGUUCAUCUUGACAUUAGGUUGAAUGUUUAGAGCAAAGCAUCGGUCCUGCCUUGCCAUUAGAAAGCUCUUCUCUGUGCUGGGUUGGCAGCUUUCGGUAUGUCCGUCAUCUAAUCUGGCUGGGAUGGAAGAGAAGAAUGCUCCUCUGCAUUUCACUAGGGUUCAGUUGACAACCUUGGACUGAGCUAAUUCUGUACUCAGUCAACCCCUUCCAUUGUCUGAGCUUGUGCUGUCUGCUUACUAUUGGCUUGUCAGUUCAUUUGAACUCAAUGUUUCUCAUAUUUACACUCCCCUCUCCCCAGAACACCUAGUGUGUGCUUUAUAUCAAAAGG